AUGGUGGACAGCUGUUAUCCUGGAAAUGUCACUGCCAUUCCAGCUAUGCCCACCAUCUCCAUAUGCUCAAGUGGUAGCAGCUUUGGGAAUGGUAUCUGUUUGCCUAGUUCCUGUCAGAGCAGAAUGUGGAAACUGGUUACAUGCCAAGAAAACUCUCAGUCAUGCGGCAAUGCCCCAGGUGGCUGUGAACCUGCUUCUUGCCAACCUACCUGCCUUUCAGCAACUUCUCGUGUGGGUUUUGUUUGCCAACCCAUUUGCUCCUGCAUGGCCUGCUAUGAACCUGGCACUGGCCAGUCUCCUUGUCUGGUUAGCUCAUGCCAGCCCUCCUGCUUGGAAUCCAUCAGUGGUCAGGCAAAGUGCCAUGAACCCAGCUCCUGCCAACAACACUUCUGCCAGGAUCCUGUCUACACAUCUGGAUCGUGCCAGGCAGCUUGUGAUCAAUCAGUCUGCUGUGACACUAGGUCUUGCCAGCCCUCCUGCUCUGAGGUAACUUCCUGUCCUGAAACAUCUUGCCCACCAACUGUCUGUGCAACUAACCUGUGCCAGUCAACUUGCUGCCAAGGAGGUUCAUGUCAAUCCAUUAGUGACCAAGAUCAGCCCUGCAAAUUAACUUAUUACCAACCUAUCUGCUACAUUGUUAAGCCUUGCCAGUCAGUUCCCUGCAUGCCUGUUCCCUGCCAGCUGUCUAUUUGGGCGUUCAGUUCUUGCAGUCCUACUUGGUGUGUGUCCUCCCCUUGUCAGACACUUCAUUACCAACCAGCCCCUUCCACAUCCUUCAUCUGCCAGCCAGGGGCUAAUGGCCAGCCCCUUUGUUCUGUAAAGAACCCUUGCAAACCAGCUUCUUGUGACACUGUGAUUUCUGGCCAACCAACUUGUGGCGAAUCCACUUCCUGCAAUCAGAGUGGCUGCAAGUCCCCUUCCUGCCAACCAGCUUGCUGUGUGACGGGUUUUGGCAAAUCAUCCAGUGGUGGCUCCAGUUGCUGCUGA